AUGGCUGACUCCAAAGCCCCGUCCACGCCAUGGUAUCGUCGCCUGGCCGACCUCCGAAUAGAAGACCUUUUCUCUCGCAAGAAGGUCGGUGGGCCUCCCCGGACGGUCUAUGUGAACCAAAAUCUUCCAUCCGACUAUCUCGAUGCGAAAGGAAAAGUAAAAGCAGCCCAUGUCUAUCCUUCAAACCAGGUCAUCACAAGCAAGUAUACCAUCAUCACCUUCCUCCCCCGUAAUCUACUUGAACAAUUCCGCCGCAUCGCGAACAUUUUCUUCCUGGCCCUCGCUAUUCUCCAAUUCUUCCCGAAAUUCGCCACCGUCUCCGUUGGCGUGGUCAUAUUGCCUCUCAUUAUCGUUCUUGCGUUCUCCGCCAUUAAAGAUGGCUGGGAAGACAUCAUCCGUCAUCGGGCAGAUAGGAAGAUGAACAAUAGCCAAACUCUUGUUCUUCGGGCCGACAACUGGAACAACCCAAACGCCAUGGAGGCAAAGAGCAAGACCUUCGUACGCGCUAUUGUCCCCCAACGGAAACCUCGCCCACCAGUCAUCACUGCUGACGAUGCAGUGGUAGCUGACUGGGAGAUCACCUCCUGGGAGGAUGUUCGCGUCGGAGAUUUUGUCAAGGUUCGCGACAAUGAGCCUAUUCCCGCCGACAUCUUCAUUUGCGCAACCUCUGAGGAGGAAAACGUUGCCUUCAUCGAGACUAAAAAUCUUGACGGCGAAACCAAUCUCAAAUCACGGCAUGCCGUUGCGGGCCUCACCCACCUCAACACCGCUGCCGACUGCGCCAAUUCGCUCAACGCCUUCUCUGUCAGGGCCGACCGCCCAGAUACGAACAUGUACAAGCUCAAUGCCACAAUAACGAAGGACAAGGAAACCCUGCCAGUCGACUUGACGAUGACACUUUUACGUGGCACUGUGCUCCGUAACACCGAGUGGGUGAUCGGGGUGGUACUCUAUACUGGUAUAGACACGAAGAUCAUUAUGAAUUCUGGCGGCGCUCCAAGUAAGCGGAGCAAGGUCGAAAGGCAAAUGAAUCCUCAAGUACUGAUCAACCUGUUCAUACUAUUCCUAAUGACGGUAGCUUGCGCUAUCGGCGAUUCGGUUUUAGAGCACUAUUACCAACACCGCAGUGCCCCUUGGUUGUAUGGUGACGAUACAUCGGGCGACAAUCCGUCUAUCAAUGGCCUUGUUACAUGGGCGUUUGCUUUUUUAACAUUCCAAGACAUCGUGCCAAUAUCAUUGUACAUCUCUAUCGAGAUUGUUCGGACCUUCCAGGCGGCUUUCAUUUUCUUUGACAAAGAUAUGUGGUAUGCGAAAACGGACCAAGCGACACUUGCGAAAAGCUGGAACCUGUCUGACGAUUUGGGUCAAAUUCAGUACAUAUUCUCUGACAAGACUGGCACUCUUACCCAGAAUCUGAUGGUCUUUCGUCAAUGUUCAGUUGGAGGUCGCUCCUACAUGGGGGAUCUAGAGGAAGAAUCAUUGGGCGAACUAAAGGAAGCAGCCGGAAAUGAUGUCUCUUCCACCUCCAGUGCAGAGAGGAAUGGGGGAAUACCUCAUUUCAAGGACGUUCAUCUUACUGCCGACUUGGAAGCUGCAGUGAAUGCAGAUCCUAACUCAGGCAAUGCUGCUCAUGCGCGGUCGCUCAACGGCUUUUUCAAGGUUCUCGGGCUCUGUCAUACCGUUCUGACCGGAGAAGAUCCGGAUACGGGAGCUCUGGAGUACAAGGCACAGUCUCCGGACGAAGCUGCUCUGGUUCAAGCUGCGGCUGAUGUCGGCUUCGUGUUCCUUGGCCGCGAUCGCGACUUUUUGACCCUCCGCACCCCGUUUGCCGCCGAACCGGAACGGUACCAAUUGCUCAACAUUCUUGAGUUUACGAGUGCGCGGAAACGGAUGAGCGUUGUGGUCAAACAACUCGACGGCGCUGAUGAACGGUUGUUUUUGCUCACCAAGGGUGCAGACAACGUCAUUUUUGAGCGUCUGAAAGAGGGCGGAGACGAGUUGAAGGCGACGACUGAGAGUCAUUUGAGCGAGUUUGCUAAUGGUGGUCUGCGAACAUUAACGUUGGCUUAUAAAGUCAUCCAAGAGAGCGAGUAUGUCGCUUGGAAUGAGCGAUAUCACGAGGCAACCAUUGCGCUCGAAGGUCGCGAGGAGAAGAUUGAGGAAAUUUCGGAUGAACUAGAACGAGAUCUGCGGCUUCUCGGUGCGACCGCUAUCGAGGACAAACUGCAAGACGGAGUGCCCGAGACCAUUGCCGACCUGAAGCGUGCUGGAAUCAAAAUCUGGGUUGCCACUGGUGACAAGCUCGAGACCGCCAUUGCAAUCGGUAAAAGCACGAAUCUCGUCACCCCAGACUCGAAUAUUAUCAUCAUACGUGGCGGAAAUGACCGUGGCCGGACGAUCGCACAACAGAUGCAGUUCGCCAUCGAUACCUACUUCUCGGACUCUGACGGCCCCCAACAUUCACGCCGGUCAACCUCGACGCGUGAUGGCGAGCCUGUCAUCCCUCUCCAGCGCGUCGAUACAGGUGUCACGUCUAUCGUAGGGGAGCACAACGGUGAACGUCCAGGUGGAUUCAUCCUCGUCAUUGAUGGGACAGCCCUGCUUCAUGCUUUCGAUGGUGAUGCCAACAGAGCACUGCUGCUUCAUCUUGGCACGAAAUGCGACGGCGUGAUCUGCUGUCGUGUCUCGCCGUUGCAGAAGGCGUUGGUCGUCAAGCUUGUCAAGGACGGGCUGGGUGCUAUGACUUUGGCCAUUGGCGACGGCGCCAAUGAUGUAAGCAUGAUCCAAGCUGCCGAUGUUGGUGUCGGUAUCUCUGGCGAAGAAGGACUACAAGCAGCCAACUCGUCUGAUUAUGCGAUCGCUCAAUUCCGAUUCCUCAAGAAGCUGCUUUUGGUCCACGGCCAUUGGUCUUACGCUCGAAACGGAACGAUGAUCUUGAACUUCUUUUACAAGAACAUUGUCCCCACUGUUGUUUUGUUUUGGUUCCAGAUCUACAACGGUUGGAGUGCAACCUAUGCCUUUGCAUACGUUUACGUCCUUUUCUGGAACUCGUUGUGGACGGUUCUUCCAGUUGUGGCCAUCGGAGUGUUCGACAGAUUUUUAGGUCAGGAAAAUACUCUGACGCCCUCAUGGCGGUCCCCGAACUCUAUCAUUUUGGUCGCGAGGGCCAUUGGUUCAACCUCCGCUCAUUCUUCAUCUAUGUGCUGGACGGUACAUAUCAGGCAAUCGGUCAUAAUCUACUUCUUCCUCCACUUUACCUACUUGGUGCCCACAACACGUUCGGACGGCUACGACACCUACAUCAAUGAGGGGUCCACGACGAUGGCCCUUGCUGCUGUUAUGGUGGCCAACAUGUAUACGGGGCUGAUGGUCCAUGCCUGGACCUUCUGGGUUUUCUUCGCCCUUGCGUUUGGCAUCUGCGUGGUUUGGGGUUUCACGGCCAUAUACUCCCUCAUCUCACCGGGCUACGCCGUGACUGCGCUCUAUGGAAAUGACCACUACGUCCUGCGGUCGGCAUAUUUCUGGUUUGGCAUGCUGUUCACCUUCGUGCUUGCCUUCACGCCCCGGUAUCUCAUCAAGGCAUGGCAAUUUGGAUACCGCCCGAACGACAUCGACAUGGUGCGGUGGAUGAGUCUUACCGACUCGAAGCGCGAUUUGAGCAAGCUGAAUGUCCGGGGUCUGGCAGCAAUGAAACCACGCCCAGCCUCUAUCGCAGCCUCCCGCGCCUCCCGGAGAACAUCAAGAACGGGGAGUGUCAUGACCCUUGAACGACCACACAUUGACAUCCGCUCCGCAAGCACCACCGACAUGGCAACGGGGCUGCGGUCCGUGGAUCGGGGUUUCGACUUUGCCACCGAGGAAGGCGGGGUGGCGCUGCGCAGGAUGCAGACAAAUCUGUCGGAAAAGCAUGCCAGCACACGCAACCUGGCGUUGCCUGCAAAGGGCAAAUUGUCGAUCAAGCGGGGGCUGCGGUCAUUAACGCGCAAGUCACGGGAUGGUAAUUUAUGA